GUUGCAAAAUUCAAGCAAUUUAAUAUAUUAAAAAGAAUAUUUCAAAGUGGUUGCUGCAAACACUAUUUCACUGAUUACAGAUUUCAAAUAACCGCGGACAGAUUUCAAAUGUUUUUGAAUUACGGUUGGCAGUAUUGCUUUAAAACGUAUUUCUAUUCAUUUGUGUUUUCAUUCUGCUGAUAGCCCACUUUGGCCCACUUUGUUAUUUUUGCCGGUUAUUUCCCCCCCAAACUUGUUGUUGUUUUUUAAAUGUUGUUGUUGUUGUUUAUGUGUAAGCAGAAUGGACGAGCUUAAAUGUAUCAGAUGUUCCAAUGUUCCACCGAGCCUGCUUCAGGACAAGAGUGUGGCGAAGACGUAUUUCCAGCAGUUCGGACAUGUUGUCAAGAUUUCCCUGAGGCCCAGACAUCAGAUGUGCUUGGUGUAUUUCGAGAAGGAGGCCGGAGUGCAGGAGGCCUACGAGCGAGCUGGCCAGUUCCAGGGUCAACAGUUCCUCGUGGAGAUGUACAAGAGCAAGAAGAAGAAGGAACCAGAUUGGGGCAUGGAUGCAGAGGUGCAGAGUGAGCUGGCUGCGAUGGGAGCAGAUGUUGGAUUCAAGAGGAGACUGCUGCCCGAGGUUAAAGAGAAGAGGGUGAAGAAUGUUGUGAGGAAGAAGGAGAUGAGUAGUGCAGAUCCCAGGGAGAGGGAGCUGCUGAACAGUUUGAAAUUGCCUGGAGUGAGUACUGAGGAGAAGUACAGAUUGCUGGAAGCAAGAGAUAAAUUGAUUAGGCUUAGGAGGCGAAAUCUGAAGAGUGUGGAUAUGGCGAAGGUGACGAGGGGGACGUGUCCGGACAUGUGCUCGGAGAAGGAACGACUGAUGAGGGAGGUGCAGCAUCAGGUGGCGCUCUACGAGCAGAACUCGGAUAGAUCCAUGAACUAUCCGAUUGCUGUGAAGCAGUAUUCGAGGAGUUCGGCGGAUCAGGAGGCACCGCUCCCGCACGAACUGAGAAACGUGGACGUACUGCAGAUGACGAUGGGAUACUUGAUGCACGAGAUUAUGGAUCUGUGCGAGAACGCUGAUACGAACAUGGCAGAAUGGUACCAUUUCCUGUGGGAUCGGACGAGAGGAAUCAGAAAGGAUAUAACGCAACAGGAGUUGUGCUGCCUGGGCUCGGUGGAGCUGGUCGAGCAGUGCGCCAGAUUUCACAUACAUUGCUCGGCGAGACUCGUCGCCGAGGAUCCAUCGGUUUUCGACCAGAAGAUCAACACCGAGAAUCUAACGAAAUGUCUGCAAACCCUCAAGUACAUGUACCACGAUCUGGACGUUAAGGGUGUGAAAUGCUCAAACGAAGCGGAAUUCAGAGCGUACGUGAUCUUGCUCAAUUUGAACGAUGGCAAUUUCAUGUGGGAGGUGCAGCAGCUCCGUGGCGACAUACAAAGAUCGUCGCAGGUCCGUUUCGCGCUGGACGUUUAUUCGGCGAUAGACACAAAUAAUUACGUGAAAUUCUUCAAGCUGCUCAGAUCUACGACGUACCUGAACGCUUGCAUCCUCUUCAGAUAUUUCAUGCAGAUUCGACAGAAAGCCGUGAAGGCGAUAAUCAAAUGUUACUCGCCCAGAUCGAAAACCCUCUAUCCCAUUGACAAAUUGAUCUCGAUGUUGGCAUUCGAGGAUAUCGCCUCGACCAUUGAUCUGUUCGAGUAUUACAGUCUGCAGAUGAACGAGGAUCGAACCCACGUCCUAUUGGACAGAGGCGCGUUUGCUUUGCCGGAUUAUCCGUACCCUCUGGACAGGGCCGUGAACGUCAUCGAAUCGAAACGGACGAGAACGGUCGGGGAAAUUGUCUGCGGCAAUAAAUCGUUGCCGCCGCCACUCUUUCGGAAUCACGAACCCCAAUACAGUUUCGAUGAGAACGGAUAUCUCGAUUUAUCCGAAUUCGCCGAAGAAUUAAGUAAACCCGCUGCUGCAACAACAACAACCUCAUCAUCAUCAGCAGCAGCAGCAGCAGAAAAGUUAUCAAUCGUCGAAGAGAAAUCACCUAUUGUUUCUUUGAUCGGUGCUGCAGAAGAUUACUCGCAAGAUCCAGCAGAACGAGAGGACGAUGAGGAGAUGGAGGAUGAUGAGGACGACGAAACUUCUCAACCACCAGCCAAGGUUGUUUUCGGAGGUUUCGCCGCCAUCAAGCAUGAUUUGCAGAAGAAGAAAGAGCAAUUGGAUUCAAAACCGUCCGGCGGAUUCCACUUUAUUUUGAAGAAACCCGCAGCAGUUGAAGAGGCCGUAAUUCCCCAGCGGUGCACCGCUGCAGCAGCGCCUCCGAGUUUCAGUUUUAAAUCGACGACGACCUCCUCCACCUUCAAUUUUGUGAAACCUGCAACAACAACAACCGCCGCUGUCGCCGACGAUCAGCUGAAGCGAGAGGCAGAACAACAGAAGAGGCGAGAAAUCGAGGAAGAACGGAAACGAUGGAUGAAUGAAGAAUUGCGGUUGAGGAUGGAGCGCGAAUUGUCGGAGAAGAGGGAGAUGGAGAGGCAAAUGCAGAUGGAACUGAAACAACGCGAGGAGAGACAAAUGCAUGAGGCUAGAAUGGAGGAGACGAGGCGCAAGAAGGAGCAGGAGAGAAAGGAUAAAGAGAUGAGGGAUGCCGCCAAGUUACGGAGGUUGAGGUUGAGAGAGGAAGAGGAGGAACGGAUCAAGCAAAAGGAAAUUGACGAUGCGGUGAGGAUCGUCGUCGAGAGGAUGUUGGUGGGUGUGGAGGAAUCGUGCAGGAAGGAUCGAUUGGAUGAAUUGAGGUGUCGCUUCGUGCAGCGUAGGAUGCUGACCAAGUGGAGACGGAAGGUUGCGGCGAACAAGCGAAAGAGGAAAGCCGUAGAGCAGAGCCCUCUCUGGAUAUGCCAGAAGACUCCGGCCGAGGUGGCGAAGGAGAUACGCAUGCAAUCGCAAGAUCUGACGCUCAACCUGAGGAAACGCUACAAACUGGGAGUGCCCGAGGAGAUCGUGCCGAGAGCGAGGCAGCGCAUCGAGAAGAUCAACCUCGCGUCAAUACAGAAACGUUUGAUCGUCGCCUUCAGCAAGUUCCAGAGGCCGAGCGGAUUCCUCUACUGGAAGGUAAACUUUGUCAACAAUUCAUCGUCGAUCGUCCUCUCCGACUACCUGGACCUAAAAGACAAUAAAGACAUGAUGCUGGAGCAACUGUGCCAGGAUCAGACGCGUAUCACGUACUGUUUCCAUCGGAUCGAGGAGCAGCUCGACUACGAAUGCCACGGCCACGUUUUCAUCGCGAAAAGAUUCGAGCAGAUCGCGUCGCAGCUAAGGAUUUUCGUGCAAAACUUUCCGCAGAAGACGGUCAUUCCCAUCGUGCUUAUCCUGCAGGAGGCGGAACUCGACGCCGUUUCGCGGAAGGCUCUGAACGUAUUAGUCGAGGGCGGUUCCAUCAAUCGAAUUAAAAUCAUUGCGGGUGAAAACAGACCAGAGUUGUUCGACGAAGCUCUCGGAUAUCUGGCGGAGAACGUGAACGGAAAUCCGCCGUUGGUCCUCAACACCCUGAUGGGAUUCUUGUCGCAGGGUUUGGGUGCGGAACUGUGGAGGAGGGUGGUCAGCUACUCCAAAUGGAAUUUAGCCUACAAGCAGUGCCUGGACAACAUCAACCUCGUCGUCGAACUGUACAACGACGGACUGCGGAAACUGAGGGAAAUCGCCCUCAACGAGGACUGCUGCGAGCACGUGGAAUUUCCCAGCAUCUUCAAGGAGUUUCUACCGAGCAAGAUACCAGACUACCUGCCGUGCGAUUACCGCUAUUUCCCCAGCUUCUGGAAGGAUUCCGAUUACAGGCGAUUGCUGAUCGAGCAAUUCGAAAUGCUGCAGCUGCCGACAUUCGAAGAGUUGACGGACAAACGGAACCAUGGAUGGAUUUCGCGCUACUGCGAAUCGACGUUCAAGAAUUGGGAGAGAGUCUUCCAUCGAAUCGCCGCUGUCAUCGCCACGAGAAGAGUGGAAGACGACGAUAAUAUGUUGCUGUGGGUGCGAGUGGUCGAGGUUCUCGCCUCGGAGAAGCUGCACGAGAUCAACGUGGAGCUGGACCAGCUGUUCACCGACACCGUCUUCAAUCAACUCUUCGUGGUGUACGAUGCCAAAGAGAUGACCGACUUUUGCGAGAGCGCCUGGUUCUACCUGGAGAACGAUCGCGUCAAGAACUCGAUCGACUUUACCACCUCUGUUGGCUCGAUAGAAACGCAAGAAGUGUUGGAAGAUGAGGACGAUGAUUUCGAUCUGGAGAAGACUUGGAACAAUGUUAUGGUCGCAGAGCAGGUGGAGGAGGAGGAGGAUAGAAGCGUAUCGAAUAAGGACAAGUACAAGAAGUUUGAGUUUAUGAUGGAGGAUUUAGAGAAGAGCAUCGCGAUACAAAAGCAAGUGAGCAGCAAAUUUCAGAGCGCUCUCAAGAAUCUCUUGGAAAACAAUUAAAGGAGAGUAAGAAAGAGAGAGAGAGAGAGAGAGUGAGAGACAGAUGAAUGGGGGAAGGCAGACAAGACGUGAACAAGAGAGUGA